AUGUCUGCAACAGCAAGCAGUAUUUCGAUCACACGACCAGACGAUUUCCACCUUCACGUCCGUGAUGGUGCUGGCCUGCGAUCGGUGGCACCGCUGUCCGCAGAUGUCUUCAAACGGGCCAUCAUCAUGCCCAACCUGAAGCAGCCAGUUGUCAGGACAGCACAGGCAUUGGAGUACAAACGCAGCAUCAUGGAGGCCCUGCCAAAGCACUCAGACUUUGAGCCGCUGAUGACGCUGUACCUGACAGACAAGACUGCGCCAGAGGAGGUGCAGGCUGCCAAGGAGGCCGGCAUUGUGGCUUUCAAGCUCUACCCUGCUGGGGCCACAACCAACUCUGACAGCGGUGUCACAGAUGUAGCUCGCUGCUUACCCACGCUCAAUGCCAUGGCAGAGGCUGGCAUGCUGCUCCUUGUGCACGGGGAGGUGACGAGCCCUGAGGUGGAUGUCUUUGACCGCGAGAUGGUCUUCAUUGAGACAGUUCUGCGUCCCCUGCUUGAGCAGCUUCCCAACCUGAAGGUGGUCCUGGAGCACAUCACAACCCAGCAGGCAGUCGAAUUUGUGGAAUCUGCUCCGGCAAAUAUCGCAGCGUCGAUCACCCCGCAGCACAUGCUCUUCAACCGCAACGCUCUCUUUCAGGGUGGCCUGCAGCCACACGCAUACUGCCUGCCGGUGUUGAAGCGGGAGAAACACAGGCAGGCGGUGUUCACUGCAGCGACGAACGGCAACCCCAAGUUCUUCCUGGGGACUGACAGCGCCCCACAUGCGAGGGAAACAAAGGAAGCAUCUUGUGGUUGUGCGGGCAUCUUCAGCGCGCCGAUAGCUUUGCAGCUCUAUGCGCAGCUCUUUGAGGAUGCCGGGAAGCUGGAGAACUUGGAAGGAUUCUCCAGCUUUCAUGGGGCUGACUUCUAUGGGCUGCCGCGGAAUAGCGACAGAAUAAAGCUCUUGAGAGAGUCCUGGCAGGUGCCUGGCAGUUACCCUUACGCAGACACCAACGUUGUGCCGCUCCUUGCAGAGAAGAUGUUGAGAUGGAGGGUUGCGCGGCCCUGA